AUGACAAACCUGCUGCAAUCUCUCCAGAGCUGGACUCAAGCUCUCGAAGACAGGCACGCGGUCCACAUAGCCUUCAUCGACUUCCAGAAGGCUUUCGACACCGUGCCACACCAAAGUCUCUUACAUACGCUGAAAAAAAUAGGGAUCGGUGGCAACUUCCUUAAAUGGAUCGAAAACUUUCUUGUGGGUCGACACCAGGUUUUGUGCAUCGGUCGGGGAAAAUCAGAUCCGGCUAUAGUCGAUAGUGGUGUCCCCCAGGGUUCAGUUCUGGGAUCCAUUUUGUUCCUUAUCUACGUGGACGAUGCCGCAAGAGAUUUAGACUGUGAAGUUGCAAUGUUUGCGGAUGACAUGAAGAUAUGGAGUGUAAUUCGGGGGCCUGACGAUGAAGACAGACCGCAGAUGAAUCUGAAUCGGUUGGAGGAGUGGUCAAACCGUUGGCUCCUGCGGUUCAACGUUGCCAAAAUUAUGCAUACUUCGCCUCGGCAACACAGCCAGAUCCGCCAGCACAAGAAGCUACUUUCUGGGCGGUGCAGCCCUACAAGAGGUCGAAGCCCAAAGGAACCUCGGUGUGCUUACGACGAGUUCCCUAAAACCAUCCGCCCACUGUUCGAGGGUGGCAAAAACCGCAAUGUCCGUACUGUACGCCAUCAAGCGUGCGUUUAUGGACUUUGACGAAGAAGCUUUCUCUAAGACAUUCGGAACAUUCGUCCGGCCGCAUUUAGAGUACGGCAUACAAGCUUGGAGGCCGCGGGCUGUUGUGGAUCAAAACUGCCUCGAAAGAGUCCAGAGGAGAGCCACGAAGAUGGUUAGGGGUCAAAGCUCUCUUCCUUAUACAAACCGCCUAGUUAAUCUGAACCUCUUUCCUUUGAGUUACAGGCAACUUCGCGGAGAUCUCUUGCAAGCCUUCCGCAUUGUAAAGGGGUUGGAUUGCAGUCUGGCCUUCGAAGACUUUUUUGAAUUUGCUACCACGACCAACCUCCGAGGUCACCCGUUAAAACUGCGCACUCAGCAGGCACGGCUGGAUGUGCGGAAGUUCUCCUUCGCGGUUCGGGUGGUCCAACCAUGGAAUGAGCUUCCCGCAGAUGUUGUGAUGUCACCAUCAAUACACAUUUUUAAGAAGAAUUUGGACAUUUUUAUGUUCCGAAAUGACCAAGAGCGAUGAGAAGUUGAGCUCACCCCCUGUAACUCCUUCUCAUUUUGUCCCAUCAUUAUGGGCGUGUUCGAACUAUUUCAGCCCAGAACAUCUAUCUGUACACCACACAUUUUUUGCGUUGCAAAUAGGGUACUCAAAGGCUUACGCCUAUUUCCCUCAAUAAACUGAACUGAACUGAACUAAACGCUACCAAACCCUAACUCCAAACCUAAUCACAUACCUACCGCCAACAAGUUCCCAACCACCAACCCUAAGCCCUACCUAACGACGACAAUGAUCCUAACCCUAACCAAAUCAUAUGCGUAUUCACCAGCAGUAAACUUCGUCAUGAACCAAAAUCCUAUUAAACCCAAGCCCUUACCCUAAAUAAACCCCAAACCCCAACCGAGGCAAUAGCUUAAGCGCUAACAAUUUUUGAAAAUUGGGUGAAUUCUCCGGCUUGAAAUUACAACAGCGAACGCCACUGAAAUCAGUCAGGAGUAUUAAGGAGCGCUUGCGGAGAAAUUUAAUCAAUCCUUGAGCGGUACUUGCUGACAUAUAGGGAACGGCGACCCUACAAGAUUUCACCCGCGAUUUGACCAAACUGCUCAACUCAAUACCCUUGCACUGUUUUUAUAUUUUCGUGUUUGCCUGUCUAUUUAUCUAUGGAACCUUCCGAGCACACCUUAGAUAAAUUUCCAUAUUAUGGUUCUAUUAACGUAAAUGAUUUCACUUAGCAAGCCCAAACUUAAUUGAAUUGGGUUUUAAAUCCAAUUGCCGAGGGCAAAUUCAGUGUCACAUAGAGAGCAACCGGUCGCCGCAUAAAUGUGGGAAACUGUUAAUUCUUUCGCAGGCACUUGUCUUUUAAGAUUGUUCGCGGGAAGGACCAGUUGAACCAGACGUUUCCCGUGGCCCUUGAUCUAUUAAGGAAACCUUCAGUUCAUGUCGUCCUAACUGGACAGAGGACGUAAGGUCUGUCUUCUAUCGAGUCUGCUUGACUGUUAUUACGUGUCUGGAUGCCUGAAGUUGGUAUGAGCUGCAAGGUGUUGAAGUGAAGUGCGUACAAACGGCCGUAUUUUAUUCUUUUGGCCUGUCUAAUUACCUCGAAUUCGAGGAGGAGAAAUGGUGCUGAAGAAGCCGCCAAAAACGGUCGGCGGUUGUGUUUUGAGUUUCCACACGUGUAAGAAGCUGGAAGGCGCAGAACAGACAUAAUCUGCUGUGACAACCGUCCACCUGCCCCGGUUGUCCCUCAUAUAUGUGCAUCUUUCGUUUUUAGUAAGUGCGGUAAUUGCAAUUGUUCACACUGAUGGCUAGUAGUGCUCGGAUCACUGAAUAGUAUCAGUAGUGCGGAACAAAAUGCGCAGAUAUGCUAAUAGAUUGCUGAUACUCUUGGGAGGUGAGGGAGCGUCUCUUCAAAAGGACUGAUGAUGAGUGGCUGGCCUUGCCACCAAGAAUGAAUACUUGGGAUGUAUGAUAAGGACAAAAGACGAAGUCUCUUUCAAAUUAUGAUUAAGCGCCCCGUGUCUGGUUUCAUUACAGCCAUAUGGGGUUGAGUGAGUUUUGGAACUGUCAUUGCGUCCGAUACUUGACUGCCCAACAAUGCUCUCAAAAACGACGAAGUCUUUGCAAUUGGAGCCCAAUUCUUUGUUGAGAGUGGCACUGGCAUAAUCACGAACCGCAUAGUAAUCUAUUGGAAUAAACUGAGGCAACGUUUGCGGGCGUUCAACAGACCACGGGGAAACUGAGCACGACACUUUUGGCCGAGACUUAUCUUUGUCCAGUCUAAUUUCCUACAUGAUUAUUUCCUCCCAACUGACGCUUAUUCUUGCAUUACGUGCGUGCCAUAUACUCGCAUUGAUGUAUGAUCAAGUGAAUUUAUUUCUUUGGACAAUUUGACUCAUGUUCAUUUUUGUGCAGUUUUCUAUUUACUAAUACACCUGCGCCCUUACUGUCAUUCCGUCUCCGAGCUCCACCCACCUCUAAGACGUACAUUUUACGCAGUACCAUCCUUUGUGUGCGCUUUAUGGGUCUUCACUCGUCCUUUAUAAAGUCCUGAGCUUACGAUCAGUUUUAGUCUUUUGCAUGCCUUAGAAGUAAAUCAGUCUUUCGGUUGGUGACAACCACUAGCAUACAAUGUGGCCCUACUAAGAAGUUGGCAAGUUAUUAUUUGCAGAAACGUAAGCCGCAUAUCUAAGUAGGUCUUCAUGUCGAUUAUAAGUAUGCGCUAUUCAUAUUUGAACUUCACUUUUCGUGUCUCGUAGACGCGAUUUUCAGAUUUACACGCAUAUGCGUACUGCGGCUGCGGUAAUUAUCUUUAGUCUUGGCUUUGCUUGCGGAUACUAUGCCCAUGUCCUCCGCAUAAAAUAUCUGCAGGCGAAACACGAUUUCUUCGAACGAAAAGCAAAAGAAGCCAAAUCUCAGCUCAGCCGUUUCUAAAGGUUCUUUGCAAUGUCCGCCGAAAUAUCGACCGAAACCGAUUCUCUCUAUGAGGUUUCAUGGGCCAACCCCUUAUUCAGUCCCCAUCUACUGUGUGCGGCGAAUGUCCUUGAGUACUUCUGUGACCUCUCCAAUCCCUUCUAUGAUCGUGAGUGCAAUAAUGAGGUUAUCCGAAUGCAAAAGUUGAGUCCUGAGCAGCUAGUUUCAAUGACGGGAAUUGAAUUCUAUUUACAUCACUCUCAGGCGAGUAAAAUCAUUGUGUUUUCUGUUUCUUUUUGAUUCUAUUGUUUACGCUUAACUGGCUGUACUUUCCGGACUUGUUUGUUAUUACUUGAUUUCGUUCACCUGCACUCAGAUUCGUAUCGCACUCAUGAGACGCCACCAAAGUUUGCAAAAUGCUAUUAUUAUGCUCGCGUGCCGUGAAUACCAAUUUUCGAACACAGUUGUGCAUAUUCAAACUUGUUUAAGUAUUUGUGCUGCUUACUCCAUUCGUCCUAUCUUUAGACGUAAAAAGGUCAUCAUAUUCCUCUGGGUUAAUGUUUUUUAGGUAGGGUUGUUAGAAAAGGGACAGUGUGUGAAAUAUUUGAAGGUAUCCUCAAGUCUCAACAUACUUCUUUGAAGUAGGCCGGGUUCUGAUAAAUGGCCAAGUGGCUGCUGACACCUACCCCUGCAUGACUAGUUAUUGUGAAUAAACAGAGAAGCGUCCCACAGUAAUCCCCAGCCAGCAUUCCUCACAUACCAUCCACCUGUAUCUAUGUAAGUUCUCCGGGCCGGCAUAGUAUAAACUGACCAACUUAUCGAUUGUGCUCAUGUAAUCUGCCGUCUUUUCUCAUUGCCUGCCUCGGUAUGUUUACCAAGAAAAAUUCGUCUUAUCUAUAGGAACCAGUGCUCUUUGUUAUUCGCAAGCAGCAGCGAUUGUCGACAACACUGGUCACCCCGAUUGCCUACUACUACAUUGUCAAUGGAACCGUUAUCCAGGCACCUGACCUAGCAACCCUUGUGAAUGCACGCCUUCAUACUGUCAUUCAUGGCUUAAAUAAGACUAUACAAGUAAGUUUCAGACUGUAUGUUUCUCCCGAAUAAUCUCAGUCAACCCUGCCGACUACUGUGACUUGUGUCUAAAUUACUUCUAGUUCAUACGGCAUAAUCAUCGAUAGACAUUAUCACUUUGUUGUUCGUAGUUUAGGUGGAAAGUUUUUCUGGUAGGUAUAGGGAUGUGUCUGAUGUUGCCUCCUCACAGAGUGAGUCCACUGUAGUUGAAUAGAAUCUAACCGGCGAUCGAAUAAGUGGGGCAGGUCCAUAGUUGAACCUGUGGCACGCGAUCAGGCGACGUGGGCGAUUGUUAGGAGCAGCACUCGUGUAUCUGGGUUUCGCAGUUACAACACCGAGUGCUCCAUCCAGUCUGUCCCACUUUGAAGCUACAAAUGCAGCUGGGGGUAAGCGAGCCGGUUUCGUUAAGCCAGUUCUGUGGAUUGAGGCCUUGCAGCUUCUCAAUGUUGUGAGCUGUGUACCCUGCACAGUGUCCUCAUUACUGAUGAUGUUGUUGUUGCCGCUGACAAGACCCUGAGUGUACGCUACCAGUGAGAACACGUUCAAAGGGGUUAGGUGUUGGCAUAUUUGUUCCCAGGUAUAGUUACUCGCUACUUGGUACGUCUGUGAUCAUGCCUGGUCUAGCUCAUCACGAUGCUGUCACGGACUCUACCUCUCCACGUGUAACGAUCCGCGGCAGCAGAUCUAGAUAGCUCAAUCCACUCUCUUCGAAGGGGCAGAAUCCUAACUUCUAAACCAGAAGGGAUAAAAAAUUCAUAAAGUUCAUAGCCGGUCUGGUCGGCUUAAAACGACUAUGCUAAGACCUACUGCUGCCGGAUAUAAGCAUGCAAAACCACAUGGUUCUAGAAGGGGUUUAGAUCAACUGACUUCUGUAUUAGCAGAUAAACAGUCUAAUGUCUCCCAUGGAAGAGCUGAACCGAAUGACUCUUAUCCUGAUAGAGAGAGCUGCACCUAGUAACGGUUAGUGGUUAAAAGUCAUAUUGUUUUCUACACAACUUAGAACCAUGAAAAGUCGAAUGCCGGUGGGCAUGUAAUGUUGUUUAAAAAACGAUUGGAUCAAGAGUAUGAGAGUCAAGCAGAACUAACUUGGUAGAAUGGCAUCCACGAAAACUAGGAGCAUAAAGUCGUUGCCGCGGGAGCACAAACUUGCUAGAAUAGGAAAGAGGCUGCCCGGGAAGACCUUGAAGGGGAGGGGCAUCUUUUCACUCGAAAAAUCAGCGGACUCAGUAGCGACAGCCUCCGUCACACUUUCUGCAGAUCGGGGGACUCGAGAGAGAAUCUCACAUGCGCUCGAUGACAAACUGCCAUUCGAACUCGUUGCUGUGGCCUUGAAGAAAGAUAAGACAGCCUUACAUCGGAAAUGAAUUCCUUCACACGAUCACGCAGGUAGCGCAGAAGGCUGAUCAAUGGGAGGUGCCAGUUCAGGAUCAAUAUAGACCUAGGAUGCCCUACUAUGGCUGAGUUAAUCUGACUUUGUGCUCUACGUAUCGGAGAAAUAUACCGUUCCACCCUGCUCUUUCGAUUGUGGGGUUUAAGUUCCCUAUUUUGCGUGCGAUAACUGUGUGCUGUCUGACUUCGACAAUGUUGGGAAAUAUAUAUUUCUGCAUUUUUAAGUUAACAACCCGUCCGAUUCGAGAGAGAGAGAGAGAGAGGGAGAGGAUUGCUUUAUUUUAAAAAUAACAUUCAAAACUUUCUUCUUUGAAUUAGUCCUACUUCAUAGCGGCUCGGUAAUCAUGCAUAACAGAUAGUGAGGCAAGAUAAAGAGACCGCUGGGGAAAGCAUUGUUGUUAGAGAUUCCGAAUUGAUAUUGGAACUAGCAAUCGAAACGUGAAGGGAAUCGACAAUCAAAAGAAAUGGGACUACAAAAAAGUGUUUUAUGGACUGCGGGUAGAGUGGAGAAUCGCUCACCCUGGUGAACAGAAGAGUGAGGAAGGCAAGGAUGUCGUAACACACAAACACAAGAAACCCGGUCGUUAUUGCCUAAAGUUUUAAGGGAUGCUCGGGGAGUAUAUUUUUUAGAACGCGAAUAUAACAUGCUAAGGUUCCUUAUAGAUGCGUGUCUCCCGAGAGAAAUGCAAAUAAAAUGCAAUUUUCAGAAACUCGGGUUUAAUGUAUCGAAAAUUCAAAUAUGAACAAGCCCUAUUCGGGAGUGGGUUUUGCACUGCGUCCUGCGGUAUUUACAAUAAAUAGGAGUACUUCAACUUGAUGCGGCCGGUAUCAUGCAUGAUCUAGCAGGUUUCGAAAGUGCCACAGACUGUACACCUCCACGUGUGACGAUCCGCGGCAGCAGAUCUGGUCAGCGACGGAUACCGAGUACCGGAACCCCAAUAACCACCUCCAUGUCCUGAUGGAAUUUUUCAAACCAGGUUUUGAGUUGACCUUUUCCAUGCUUCCAAGUGGGUAAGUUCUGGAUCGAGGGCAGCAAAACUGACCCCGUGAAGUGGACGACGAAUAACCUGCCCAAUCCACCUCAGUCAUCUUUGUUGAAUGGCCUGGGAUAUCCUUGUGCUUUUGUCAGAGCGAGUGCGGACAGUCUCGCUGGAGACGAAGUCAAUGUACCUAACCCGAUGGAUGGUUAUCAAGCGGUUAUGCUCAAAUGCCUCCAUUUUUCGCUCGUCUUUCACUCACACAGCCCAGCAUUCACAACCGUAGAGAGGGAUCGACUGGACAGAUACACGGUACACGCAAAUCUUCGUGGCGAUGGAGAUGUCGCACUGGGUUCAUAGGCAUUUUCUAAAGCUCUAAAACAGCCCUGCGAGUAGCAUUGAUUUGGGAGACAAUGUCGUCCUUAUCCUGCCCAUCAGACCGCUGUCUCGCUCCGAGGUGUUUGAAAUUGUCUGCUCCUUCAGGUUGACAACCAUUCAUCUCGAGGGGCGCUCUCUCCUGGACAGGGAUGCAGCUUUAAAACAGUUCGUUCCGCCCAGCGUUUAUGGCGACUUUAUUCAGCCGUGACACCAUGGACUGUAAACCACAAAAGCUUGAAGAUAGCUAGCCGAUAUAAUCAGCGUAGUUCAGACCAGUCAACCGGCGUCUGGGACCAAACUCAACGCCGUCAGCCAUUGAAUAAUCGCUUCGAAAGGUGCACCUCUAGCGUCUUAACGGUGUGACCGCUCCCCACAGAAAUGCUGGGCAUUUAAGUCAGUUCCAGGACGUAGUUGUCCUUGACUCACUCCUGCCACUUCACUUUUAGGGUUUCAGCAGACAACCGCGGUGGUGAGGCCAAUCUCUCUAGCUUAACACAGGUACACCGUCUGCGUAUCCGCGUCGAAGGACAGUGCAGGCAGUAUUACGACCCUGCGCAUCCCCCACUUGGUGCUGGAGGGGAUGUGUGCAUGAUUGUUCAUACCUCUGUCACACCGUACGCGGGAAUUGUUUUCACACCAUCUAAUUUGUUUUAGCCGCAUACUCGACCUAAAGUCCUCCCAUAUGUUGUGGUGAGUGACCGCGCGCAACAGGAAGCGUGGCACACAACUGAAGACUCGAGUAGUUAGCAUAUCGAUCUAACAAUCGCUUAUCAAGCACUGCAUUAACACAUUAGUAGCGUAGCUGGAGGUAGUCCCUGGUCGGAGUGAGCUAAGUAUGCAGCGAGUUGUGCAGCCUCACAUUCCUUGACGAUGGACCUACGUUAGAGUUCAAAACGUCGGAUACACAAGCAACUGGUCUCAGCGAUCGCCUUCCCGUCUUCCACUCAAUUACCUGGACCACACCUAUUCUCUAUCAUUCGGAAUCCCUAUUAUAUUUCUUUCUGUCACAUCUAUGUUAUUCCCCUACAGAUGUCAUAUUGCCUUGUUUAUCUCGUUAUCAGUCAAGACUCUCAUGAAUCAGGUCGCCUACUCAUCAUAAACCUUACGUUCAAGAACAGGACGUCCAGUUUUCCGAAAACCCAAGAUAUUCAAUUAGGCAAACUGAAUUAUCCUCCUGCUGGGACGAGCUCCUACUUUCCAGCGUUGCCGACACUACUGUUAUGCUUAGCAGGAAAUUAUCGUUCGUGCUUUGGCAUUUCGGCCAACCAGAGUUCCGUAUGCGUCCUGCCUGAUAUGGGACUGCUGUGUCGGUCUGCAUGUGGGCAAUUUGUUUCCUCUUAAUUCCGGGUCCCAAAUUGGGACUUUCUCUUACAGCAAGGCAUUGUGUGCUGCUUUCCCAUAGGUUUACAUUUCCACAGAAUACCGGUCCCUUCGAUUACACUUCUUCGGUCGGCCAAUAGGCAUGUUUAAUUAUGACUUAGGGGCAUUUGGUUCGUACGAGAGGCCUACGGAGUAAAGAUCUAUUUUAAACACGAAUUUCUGCCAUUCGUAAGCCCAAAUGGAGGGCUCGGGCCACUGCUCUCCGCCCGGUCAAAAACUAGUCUGGACGGUUAUUCGCAAGACACAGGGGGUAGGUAGAGGGCCUUUGGUGAUUUGUGUGAAAGAGUUCAGAGUUGUAGCGUCAGCGUUGCCGUAGCCAGUACAGAUAAAUGCCAGGACGCGGCGAGCUUUGCCCUUAGGCAUGUAAACAUCACGGCGGACACGUUUGUGCAUAUCUGGACAGUUUUGCAUACGUUUCACAAGGCUCUUGGAUAGGUAUUAGAUCCUGAUUAUUUGUAAUCCAGCUAAAAUUGGUCCCAAAGCUGAUUUUCCGGGUCUCUACUGACUGAUGGUGUGUUAGGUUGCCUCUUUUUAUUUCUCCAGGCUCUGGCUCCUUGCGCCCGCUACCACCCACCUGAUGGAUCUUACUCCUGGGAUGACCCUAAAAAGCUCUUGGGGAGAUCUACUAGUAAUGAUGGCGCCCCCGAAGGCAACAGUCCAGAUAAAGAUGCCAAGACUGUACAGAAGUCGGAAUCAAAUGUUGCCACGAACUACUACCAAGUCCACCCCAUGGAGGUCUUACUUGCUGAAUGGGCCAGUAGAUUCCCCCUUCCGCCUCUUCCCACCACCGCCACCACCACUAGCAGCUCCACCGUUCAGACUCCACAACAGCCAUCCGCAAACACUCCGCAGACUCAGUCGGGCCCUCUGACUCAACAUGCAACCAGCGUACGUGUUUUGCCCUCCUCCUGCCUCUUGAUUGUCUUCCCUCAUCUUUUGCCCAAGCUUUUAUCGAUCCUGAAUGAAUGCAGCCUACGCCUUAUUUUGGCGUGCGAUAACUGUCCGCGACCAUUGCUCUCUACUAGAAAUUCAUUCAGUUGCUUUUUUUGACAAAUUUAUUAGCUUGUCCACAUUUCGAAAGUCCAGUUGUUUGGAGUUUUUUGGUGUUAGCUCCUCCGAGGACACAUUUGUUUUUGUUUGACUCGUUGGCACCCUCUAAAAUAUUGUAAGGCCCAAUAACAGCACUAUUAUGUGACGCCUGUUUGCAACCACUUAAUACCUUUGCCUAUCAGCGCUUCCAUAUGGUCGAAUUUUCGAAUUGGAACGCUAGAGACAGCAACCCACGACUGGCGAAUUGGUCGGCUGUUGGCGACUCACUUGCGCCGAACCAUCUUGAGAAACCUCAUGAAACAAUAUCCCGUCCGGAUACGGCUAUCUAAGCCACGUCAUAAGCGGAACCUAACGCGUUUCGCAACCUGGGUCCGCUGAUGAGAAAGAAUAGUACGAGAACUUGACUACCUGGCUAUUAAAUGCUGGCAUGUACAACUUUCUGGACCAAAUUUUGUAACGUCUAACGGCGUUCAGUCAUUAUUAGCACAACGUAGAUGUCUGCUACCUGCUUGAGUUCCAGACUCACUCACAGGUGGUCACGACCCCGGGGGUGAGCUCCUGUCCCAUCCCAUAUCAUCUUGUAACAGGUGAACCAUGCGCCACCUGUGUUGGAAGCAGUUGAUAACCGACUGGCUUCCGUACCUGUGUGGGAGAGCACUUUACCAACACUUUUACGGUUUAUGCACCGACAUGGACUGCUGACUAGCGCAAUAAAGAAGCCGUCUGCGCACAGCAGCGAGAACUGGUUGGAAGAAUUCCCCGCCGUGAUAACUGAUUUUUGUUGGAGGUUAGAAUUGACAGGCUGCGCUUAACAACUCUCCAGUCACCUAAUUGACCACUCUGGGCUUCGUUCUCGCCAGACCUGCCUAAUUAUUACUUGGAAUGACUAUUUGUGAUAAUUCAUUAUCUUAGUGCUUUCAAGUUUUGUUGCUUUGGAGUCGACACAGCAGACGUUUUUCCUCUCUUUUCAGGGCCGCGAACACGAUUUGAAAUCAGCCUCGGGAAUACCAGAGAAGAAGAGCCGCUUGUUAUAA